GGGCGGCCGGUGGGACCGCGGGUCCCCGGCGCAGCGCCGCCCGGCUCCCGGCCCUGCCGGCCUCCUCUCUCGGCGCCGCAGCCAUGGCGGCCAGCGCGAAGCGGAAGCAGGAGGAGAAGCACCUGAAGAUGCUGCGGGACAUGACCGGCCUCCCGCACAACCGAAAGUGCUUCGACUGCGACCAGCGCGGCCCCACCUACGUGAACAUGACGGUCGGCUCCUUCGUCUGUACCUCCUGUUCCGGCAGCCUGCGAGGGUUAAAUCCACCACACAGGGUGAAAUCCAUCUCCAUGACAACAUUCACACAACAGGAAAUUGAAUUCCUUCAAAAACAUGGAAAUGAAGUCUGUAAACAGAUUUGGCUAGGAUUAUUUGAUGAUAGAUCUUCAGCAAUUCCAGACUUCAGGGAUCCACAAAAAGUGAAAGAGUUCCUACAAGAAAAAUAUGAAAAGAAAAGAUGGUAUGUCCCACCAGAACAAGCCAAAGUGGUGGCAUCAGUUCAUGCAUCUAUUUCAGGGUCCUCUGCCAGUAGCACAAGCAGCACACCUGAGGUCAAACCACUGAAAUCUCUUUUAGGAGAUUCAGCACCAGCACUGCAUUUAAAUAAGGGCACACCUAGUCAGUCUCCUGUUGUAGGUCGCUCUCAAGGGCAGCAGCAGGAAAAGAAGCAGUUUGACCUUUUAAGUGAUCUUGGCUCAGACAUCUUUGCUGCUCCAGCACCUCAGUCAACAGCUACAGCCAAUUUUGCAAACUUUGCACAUUUCAACAGUCAUGCAGCUCAGAAUUCUGCAAAUGCAGAUUUUGCAAACUUUGAUGCAUUUGGACAGUCUAGUGGUUCGAGUAAUUUUGGAGGUUUCCCCACAGCAAGCCACUCUUCUUUUCAGCCCCAAUCUACAGCAUUUAGAAUGCUUUCAUCUAGCUGCAGUUUUGGUGAAUUUACUUCAGCUUUUCCUCUCCAGGCUUCCAACAGUGGAAGUGCUGGAUCAGUAAAUGCUAAUUUUGCUCAUUUUGAUAACUUCCCCAAAUCCUCCAGUGCUGAUUUUGGAACCUUCAAUACUUCCCAGAGUCAUCAAACAGCAUCAGCUGUUAGUAAAGUUUCAGCGAACAAAGCUGGUCUACAGACUACAGACAAAUAUGCGGCACUUGCUAAUUUAGACAAUAUCUUCAGUGCCGGGCAAGGUGGUGAUCAGGGUAGUGGGUUUGGGACCACAGGUAAAGCUCCUGUUGGUUCUGUGGUUUCAGUUCCCAGUCAGUCAAGUGCAUCUUCAGACAAGUAUGCAGCCCUGGCAGAACUGGACAGCGUUUUCAGCUCCGCGGCCACCUCCAGUAACGCAUAUUCUUCCACAAGUAAUGCUAGCAGUAAUGUUUUUGGAACAGUGCCAGUGGGUGCUUCUGCACAGACACAGCCUGCUUCUUCAAGUGUGCCUGCUCCAUUUGGAGCUACACCUUCCACAAAUCCAUUUGUUGCUGCUGCUGGUCCUUCUGUGGCAUCUUCUACAAAUCCAUUUCAGACCAAUGCCAGAGGAGCAACAGGCCUUUCUGGAGCAAUGCAUUCUCAAGUGUUUCCUCACGCUCAUUUUGCGGCGACCUUCGGCACGGCAUCCAUGAGCAUGCCUGCGGGGUUUGGGACUCCCACGCCCUACAGUCUUCCCACCAGCUUUAGUGGCAGCUUCCAGCAGCCUGCCUUCCCAGCCCAAGCAGCUUUCCCUCAGCAGACAGCCUUUUCUCAACAGCCCAAUGGUGCAGGUUUUGCAGCAUUUGGACAAACAAAGCCAGUGGUAACCCCUUUUGGUCAAGUUGCAGCUGCUGGAGUAUCUAGUAAUCCUUUUAUGACUGGUGCACCGACAGGACAAUUUCCAACAGGAAGCUCAUCAACCAAUCCUUUCUUAUAGCCUUAUAUAGACACUUUACUGGAACGAACUUUUACAUGGUCACAUUACAUCUCUCCGCCUCUUGCACUGUUGUCUUGUUUCACUGAUUUUAGCUUUAAACACAAGAGAAGUCUUUAAAAAGCCUGCAUUGUGUAUUAAACACCAGGAAAUAUGUGCAAAACAGAGGGCUCCAGUAACAACUUUUAACCUGUGAAUUGGCAAAAAAAGUAGCGGUAUCAUGUAUAUUAAAAAUUGGCUAAUAUUAAGUUAUUGCAGAUACCACAUUUAUUAUGCUGCAGUACUGUACAUAUUUUUCUUAGAAAUUAGUUAUUUGUGCAUAUCAGUAUUUGUAACUUUAACACAUUGUUAUGUGAGAAAUGUUACUGGGGAAAUAGAUCAGCCACUUUUAAGGUGCUGUCAUAUAUCUUGGAAUGAAUGACCUAAACUCACUUUAACCAUUGCUUCUGGAAAGUUACAGAGUCAGAAUUGGAAGGUUUUAUUCAUUCUUGAAUUUUUCCUUUCUAAAGAGCUCUUCUAUUUAUACAUGCCUAAAUUCUUUAAAAAUGUAGAGGGAUACCUGUCUGCAGAAUAAAGCUGAUCAUGUUUUGCUACAGUUUGCAGGUGAAAAAAAAUAAAUACUAGAAAAUAUGCUAUUGUUUUUGUGUUCUUGCUGCAAUGCCUUUACCAAAGUGGCCUUAAAUAUCAGUAGUGAAUUGAGAACAUCUUGAAUUCUUAAAUUAGAAUUUCAGAAGACUUCUAGUGACUAACUUUUAUGUCUAAAAGAGAAAAUUUUAUAAAAAGGCCAUGUAGAAAAUUUAUUAAAACUGCUAUGUUCAGGAAUAUGUCAGUGGUAAAGCAUUUAAAUGUAGCUUGUUAGAUUCACCGUAAUCCUUCUGAUUUCUUUGCAACUUCUUAAUUUUGUGAAAAUUUGUAUAUAUGAAGAAUUUGCAUGUAUGUGUAUUUACAAAUUUUUUAAAGUAUCUUGAAUUCUCAGACUGCAAAAGGCUUAUUUUAACUAUUGUUUUUUUUUUUUUUUUUAAAUACUGUCUUUGAAUGUAUUGGAAGCAGACAUGCAUUAACUGUGACAUGAUUGCCCCUCAGUUUUCUUUGUUUGGACAAACUGAUAUUAAUAGGACAUUUGUUUAUGUUCAUUUCUAGGGGGAAAGAAACUGGAACCCAGUGUUACCUUAAAGUUAUAGAAUACUUUGUUUAAAAAGGCAACAAUACUAAUGUUUAGUUAUAGCUUUAUGUUAAUAUUCAAAUGAACUUGUUUAAAUAUUUAUAUAAUGCCUCAUUCAUCCAGCGAUAAUCUGGCAAUCUCAUCAAAACAGAACACAACUGAGAAACUUGUAAUAUUUUUUUUAAAAAAAUGCCUUUGAGCAGCCCAUAUAAGUCACAAUGUCUAUACAUUAGAGCUCAUGCAUUUGUCUUUAUGUGAAGUUUUGAUUAAUAGAUUUCCCAGACCAAAAGAGCAUAUAUUGUCAAAGACCAGUUAGUGUAGGGACAGCCAGCCCAGCUUAGAGGGCAUCAGUAUAUUACAUCUUCUUCUGAUAAUUGUCUAUUACUGUGACUCUUUGUCAUCAAGAAAAGGUGAGGUUACAUAUAAAUAUGUGAUACAUGUUUGAAAAAUUUUCUUAUGAUGAUUUAAAUUGUUUCUAAAGCUUGGUAUUAAAAGAGGUGAACAUCAGUUUCCUCAAACAUUAUUUAUUCAUGUUGAAUACCUUUUCGAAUGGUGACUACAGGAGUUGUUUUCAUACUAUGUUAAAAUCUGUGUAGAGUUCCAGACUUCUUGAAACAUUGCUGUCCAGUGCAUAUCUAGCUGAACGUAUGGUUAUCUGAACUAUUUUGAUAAGCAAGAAAAUUGGGAAAUCUCUGCCCCUUUUCUGAGCAGUAUGCCUCUUAGAAUUAAAUGAAUGCUGCAAAGGUCUGGGUGUGUCUUGGUGUAUACUUGAAAUGUCUGCAUUUUUGGGGUGUCCUUCCAGACCCCUUCUCAUGGAGGGAAUUCUUAAGAAAUGUCUUUGAAUUCCUGUGUUUUAGAUUGUAUUGGGUCCCAAUCAACUCAUGUACAAAGUUAUGCUAUAAAAUUGUAGGCCAUUAUUCAAUUAACCUCCCAGGCUUUCCAUCUGAGAAACAAGUAAAUUAAACAGUUGUUAAUAAAAUAAUUUUAAAGACUAUUUUUUUCUGGGUAAAUCUUGAGGUUUGUAAUUAAGUGGGAACUCUUGUUGACUUUAAAUGAAAACUUGUGAAAUUGAAAUGCUUAUUGUAAGAAGUGAUCCAGAUUUGAUGUGGAUUAAAAUCUUCAGUUAGACUUUCAGAUUUGCUUCUGGUUUUGCACAGACCGUCAGAAUUGUGUUGAGCACUGAAGAGGAGAAAAUACUCAGAGGUGGUAAGGAUGAAGACUCGAGUUUCCUGAUUUACUAGUUGAAUCAGGUCUUCUCUCCUGUGUUUGCUGAGGAAAGAAAAUUUUCUUUUCUUUUAGGGUGACAAACUUCAUUGAUAAGUUUAAAGGCAUAUUUUUCUCUCAUUUUUGUGAAAAUAGAGAUUAGGUAAUCACUUUCUUGUGUCGAAUAGUUCUUUCUGUAAAUGUGAAGAAGCACAUCGGUGCUUUCUUUACUUGUGACUUGCCCUGCUCCCAGUACACGUCCUCGUUGGUACAGUUCCUGUCAAUUGGUAAAAUGGAAGCAGUAACUAACUGGCUGCUUUCCUGUCACAGUACCAAGACUUCUGAAACAGUUUGGUCUCAGGACUAUUAUUAACUCUUAAGUUAUUGAAGAUCCCCAAAGAGCUUUUGUUUAUGUAACUUAUAUCGCUCAGAAUUUGUUGUAUUAGAAAUUAAUACUGAGAUAUUUUAAAAACAUGUUUAUUCAUUUAAAUAUAAUGAUAAUAAACCCAUUACAUGUUAACAUAAAUACCCUUUUUGAUGACAAAUUACUGUUUUCCACAAAUGUUAUUUAGAAGACCAUUGUUUUACAUUUUGCACAUCUGUUUAAUAUCUGGCCUAAUAGAAGCAGUGGGAUUCUCAUACUACUUCUGCAUGACAGUUCUUUUUAUGUGACAUGGCAUGUGGGCACUGGAAAACUCCACUGUGCACUUGUGGAACCAUGAGUGAAACAGACAUAUAACAUUUUAGUAUUAUGAAAAUAGUUUUGACCUUGCGUUUUGGGAGGACCCUCAAGGGUCCUGAGACCACACUACACUUUACAUUUAUAUUUUCUGGAACAACAGUGUUUAGUUUCAGGGUAAAUAUACUACUCCCUGAACUUCUAAGUGUUUUUGUUGGCUUGGUGGGGAGAAUUGAAAUUUCAUUUGAAAUUGUAAACUUUUUAAACACUGUUUUCUAGGUUUUCUUUUUUAUUUGACCGUAUUUCAAUAAUGAUGAAAUUAGUGAAUAGCUCCUUUUUAAAAGGGAUAUUACAAGUUCUGACUCCUGGUUAUGAGUGUUUAUUUAGGAAUUAUUUACUAUUCUGACCACUUUGAAAUUGUUUUGGGGGGGUAUCAAAUAGCUAUUUAAAAAUUGAAACACCUUGCUAAAGAAAGUUCAAAACGAAGAAUAAUUUCUUCUCUCUCCUAUGCUUAUAGUUAACAAAGAAUUUUAGCUUUGUUUGUGUGUGUGUGUGUGUGUGUGUGUGUGUAUAUAUAUAUAUAUAUAUGUAUGUAUAUAUAUAAAAUGAAAGUUGGAUUUCUCUAACAGAAAUCACUACCCUCCAGGAAGUUGGCUACAAUUAAAGGAAUGUGUUUACUUCUUAAGAAGGAGGUUUGCUAUGGUUUUAUCCCCCAGUGUUUUUUUUAUACCUUGUCCAUUUUUAGAGAGAGCACUUGUUGCUUCUCAUUGAAACAGAAUGUUUUAAAAUUCUUUUGAAGACAGAGUGACUUUGUAAAAGGUAACUUACGGUACAUAGUCACCACAGAAAGCUCUGGCUCUGUUGCUGCUGCUGCUGGCACACACCGCAGAACACGCUGCCGUCCUCAGGCCGGCCUGUGCCUUCCCUCUGGGGCCUCCUUGUCCAUACGUUUGUGCUCCUCUGCUGAACUCAUGUUCAGAAUGACUCACCUCAUGUUUGGCCUCCACUUGUAGUCUCAGGCUUACAUCAGAAAAUUAAUCUCUAGGGGAGUUUAUAAAGAUAUAUUUCUUCAAAAAUAAUGACUUGAAAAGAACCUGGUGGUGGUAUUACAGAGUGUGGCUUAUUAAGCUCUUUCAGAAACUUGCUAAAUGCGUUUCGUGUAUUAUCUCAUACAGUCCUUAAAGUGGACUCAUACUUUAAGGAUGAAAGAAGCAAGGCACAGGCUAAUGACAGAGCUUUUGCUCUGGGGAGCAAAUAUUAUAUUGUUGGAUUAAAAUGCUGUCUACAUUUAUGUGUAAGUCAAUUUUUUACAAAAUCUUAGGAAAUUCUGAGAGAAUUGCUUUCUAUAUCCUAUAUACCUAAUUAAACUUAAUCAUUUUUAAUUUGGGUUCUCUUCAUAAUUUGCUGAUAUCAGUACGGUUUAUUCUCUAGGGUUUUAUUUAAACUUCACAAGUAAAUUAAUGGGAUAAUUAGUGGAUCAGGUUUUAAACUAAAGAGACAUCUGAAGUAUCACAGGGACUCCUAUUUUGUGAAACAUUUCAACUUUAUUGAUAAAGUCUGUGCCCUAGACAGUAAAAUUUACUUUUGAAAGGAUGCUGUUACUAACAUUUGUGUUACAUUAGCCUGUUGUAUUGAAUUUAUCUUCAUUAGUUAAAAUUUUUUCUUUGUAUAUUUUAAAACGUCAUUCAUUAAAAUUUUUAUGUAGUAUAUUUGAACAAAUGAAAAUAUGACCAAGAUGUACUGGUCAUACAUUGUGGUGGUGAAUGCUUUUCUCUUAUGAAAAAGUGCCCUGUUUUGUAGUGUUUACUGACAUUGUGGUUAUAAAUACUCUCACCAUGGCUGAUUUCACCUUCCAAUCUGAUAUCAUUAAAUUUGGUGUUAGAAAGAGACACACACCAGUCUUUCUUUGCAGGCCAGCAAAGUGCACACAGCACUGAUGUGUAAUCCCACAACCCAGUUCAUUAAAUAUACUGGUUAUUUGGUGAUUGUAUCCAAUAUUUGAAGAACCUUUUGUUUUAUGUUGUUAAUCCAGAAAAUAUUUGAACACUAGUUUACUUCUAGAAGUGUACUGGGCACUGAAGUAUUUAAUCUGGAAAGACCCAAGUAUUGUGAAUUCUGUGCUAAUGUAGAGGUUGCACAUUCAUGGCAUAUACUCUGAAUUCUGUCUGCAGUUGGGUUUUGUUUGACCAUCACAGUGUUUUAAAAACUCCAAUUUUAUAUAGUUUGAAGGGUAUUCACACUCUCAAGGUGGCCACUAGCCUACCACUCACAGUGUUCUGAGCCUCAAACGUUCAAACGUGUUUUAAGGCCUUUGAAUUGGCAAAUCCUGAGUAGACAUAAAAGGGCUCUUCUUAUGCCACCUCUUAGCUGUUCUAAUUUUGGAGUCAGUCCUGUAGGAUUUGAAUUUAUGAUGAUAUUUUCUGGUGAAGACUCUUGCCAAAAAUGUAUUUUUCUUUCAAACUUGAUAACCUCUAUGUAUUUUGCUUAUUUUAUGCCAAUGGAUAAAAACUCAAUAUAUAUUUACCUAUAUUUUUGAAAUCUGUGCUUUUGUCCAACUCACAGGGCUGUAGAGUUUAAUGAAAACAGUGCAGUGAUUCAGGCUUUUGUAACAAGGAAAAGUGAUCCUAGAUAAAAUUGGCGAUUCAGAUGUCCAUUGAUUAAUUUUUUAAUUACAGUUUAGGCAGUGAGAGUUAAAACUUAAACUGAAUUCUCAACAUUUCCCUCAAUCUUGAGUGGAGGGACAGAGAAAGCAAACACCCCAAGGAGCCUUCUAAUUUUGACUAAAUGACCAUUAAGUAAAAGGCAGCAGAGGAUUGCGAAUUGAUGUUAUACAGUGUUUCAUAGAAUGCUGUGGGUACAAUCAGGUUUUUUAAAGACUUUAAAGGUUUUUUUAUAUGUUACCAUAGAAUAAUACAUGUUUAUGAUGUUUAAAAAGUAUGCAGUAUACAAAGUGAAAAAGUAUGCCUCCUUCCUGGGACUUGAUUCCCACAUCCCAGAGAAAUACAGUUUCUUGUGUUUUUAUAUAGUCUUUCAGAAAUGUUAACAUUUAUUUUAUAUACCUCUUUCUCUAAAUGCCUCUCACUGUCCUCCCUAUUUUAAAUGUAUGGUUUUAUAACUUGGUUCUCUUUGUUUAACUUGGUUAUUUUUCCAUGUAUUUCGAUGUUCUUGAAGUCCAUGUUGGUCUAGCUUGGUUUUAAGACAGUAUUUUUUGUAAUUGGAUUUUAGUUACUCUACUACCUAUUGAAAUUUAAAAGGCAAAUAGUGAACUAGUUUUAGUUUUUCACACCCCUAAUCUUAUUUCCUGGUAGUAGUCACCAUUAUUUUUUCUAUAUCCGUCUCAGUUAUUCUAUCAUUUUUGUUGUUUAAAUUAUUUUCAUUAAUCAUCACCAGAACCCAGAAGAAAAUUUACUUUCCUUAGAAUCAGUAAUUCCACCACCACUCCCACCACUCUUCCCUCCCCUCCCACCAGGGGGAAACUAAUAUUUAUUUUAGUCUCACUUAUUUAAUGAGGAAAGAUUCAAAUUCUUACUUUUUUCUUCAGUAGUAUGCUAAUGGUUGUUUUUGUUUUUUUUUAACUGAACUUUAGGAUUGGGACUCUGGAAAGUACUAAACCAGAGUCAAGUUUCCUGUGUUUCAGUCUUAAAUUCUGCCGUUAACUGGCAUUCAAGCAGGUAAGUUAGAUGCCGGUUCCCCAGCUUUAAAGUGAGAUCUCUUCCAAAUGGUAAAACAUGGUAGAACGUCAGUCGUUUGGUAUACAUGUUUAGAGAACAGUUAAGCUUUGGAGAUUGGAAUGAGACAUUUCAGAAUAACAGCUGUUCGGUUGAACAUAAGAAACUUGUGUUUUUGUAGGUUGAAAGUACCAGGUAUCAACAACAUCAUAUAGUUUAAUGUUAUGGCCACUAUUUGUUAAUUACCAACUUAGUGAGGUGCACCUCAUAUAAUUGAUAUCAUUUAAUGGCCACAACAACUUCCAGGCAGUAUUUGUCACAAAAUUGGCAUUUAGGUGUCUACUUCGCCAAGAUUAUACAGCUGUUUAGUAAGUGGCAGGACUAGAAGUCUACCUGACUUUAAGAUUCAUCCUCUCAUGUUGUAUUCCCCCCUUGAAGCUCUUAGUUCCAGCAGUUUUAAUAAGAAGAGUGUGAGUUUAAAAAAAAAAAAAAACUUUCACAAACAUUUAAUGGAA